GUUCCGUCUUACUAUAAAAAGAUUGAGCGUCCUAUGGAUUUGGGCACCAUGGAACAAAAUAUCAAGGAGCAUCGUUAUACUACUAUUGAAGCGUUCCGUAAUGAUAUACAUCAGAUUCGAAUAAAUAGUGAACUGUAUAAUGGACCGCCAGAAACGUCUCAGUACACAACGAAGGCGAUUGAAAUUUGUGAAUUAGCUGAAAGAAUGAUUGAGGUGCGUUUUGAAGUCUUUACGGUUUGA